AUGCCAACUUUGGAGGAGAUAAUACACUCAACUACGGAUGCAGAGUCCGUCAAGGAUCCUGAGGAGAUUGAGAUUGAACAAAUCGCUUGGUCCAUGAAACGAGUAAGAGCAGCCGCCGAGGAAAUCUCUUAUGCACUUGCCUCUCGACCAAAUAAGAACUUAGACAAAAACGAGCUAGAUUGGAGCCCUCAUGUCCAGGCAAUGGAUAAACUAUUGGUUGACCUUCAACAUCAUCAGUUAUUGUCCUCAAGACAAACAAGCCUUGGUACAUAUUUUCAAUCGAGUAGUUGGGCACUUCUCGUGAGUGGUCUUCGUCAACUCAACGUCUAUUCGAAGACCUCUCGUCAUCACUGGCAAACACAAACGUCACGUAAGGCAAAAAACGAGGUAAGUCAGGCAGCUCUUUGA